GUCCAGAACUAACUCAUCUCAAUCCAGUAGUUCCUCUUCCAAGAAAUCAGAUACCUCAUUCAAAGGUCCAGAUUUGGUACCGGCCAGAAAUGCCCCUGCACCUCCACCUUCUGCUCCACCAGCAGGAACAACGCAACCACAACAAGUCCAACCAUCUACUAACAGUUUACAUGCUAGUGUAGGUAUUCCAAGACAAAGCCCUCCAAUAUUGCCAGGCACCAGAAGUGCGAGCGAUGGAAGAAUUCGUCAAGAAACUCAACCUGUUCAAGAAAGAAGAAAUGAAAGUGCUCCUACCAAGUACCAUACCUCACAACCAUUAACCACUUCUCCCUCCACAUCAUCCCUUAAACCUUUCCACUUGAAGCAACAACAGCAACCAACACAACCUGUACAGCCUAAAGUGCAGACUCAAGCUAAGCAACCUCCAUAUCCAGCAGGUACUUCUCACUCAGUAACUAAACCAUUGGCUCCAGUCAGUCAAAAUGAAGCUACGAGACCAUUGCAAUCCAAGCCAAAACACGAGUCUCCAAUCUCAUCAAAAUCAGUAAAACCCUCACUUGCCCCACUUAACCCUAACAACCAUCCAGCACCGGGUGCCGCCAAGUUAGGCUCUGUUGGCACCACUUCCGCAGUUAAAACACCUAAACAACUCAAGAAAGAGCGCGAAAGAUUGAAUGACUUACAAGUUCUUGCCAAGUUGAAAACCGUGGUCAACCCAAACAACCCUACCCCAUUGUUCAAAAUUAUUGAAAAGGCAGGUCAAGGUGCCAGUGGUGCCGUGUACUUGGCCGAGACCGUAAACACCGGCCGAAAAGUAGCGAUCAAACAAAUGGAUCUUAAUGUCCAACCAAGGAAGGAAUUAAUCAUCAACGAAAUUAUGGUCAUGAAGGACUCUCAACACAAGAAUAUUGUCAACUUUUUGGAUUCGUACUUGAGGGGGAACAACGACUUGUGGGUGAUUAUGGAAUACAUGGAAGGUGGGUCUUUGACUGAAAUUAUUGAAAAUAAUGAGUUUAAAUUAAGUGAGAAGCAAAUUGCUACAAUCUGUUUUGAAACCUUGAAAGGGUUGCAAUUCUUACACAAAAAACACAUUAUUCAUCGUGAUAUCAAAUCGGAUAAUGUCUUGUUGGAUGCCAAGGGUAAUGUGAAAAUCACUGAUUUCGGGUUCUGUGCCAAAUUAACUGAUCAAAGAAAUAAACGUGCUACUAUGGUGGGAACCCCAUACUGGAUGGCGCCUGAAGUUGUUAAGCAAAAAGAGUAUGACGAAAAGGUUGAUGUGUGGUCAUUGGGUAUUAUGACUAUAGAGAUGAUAGAAGGAGAACCACCUUACUUGAACGAGGAACCAUUAAAGGCUCUUUAUUUAAUCGCCACCAAUGGAACUCCAAAGUUAAAGAAGCCAGAAUUGUUAUCCAAUUCAAUUAAGAAAUUCUUGUCCAUUUGUCUUUGUGUGGAUGUCAGAUAUAGAGCUACUACUGAUGAAUUGUUAGAGCACUCAUUCAUCCAAAACAAGUCAGGAAAGAUCGAGGAAUUGGCUCCAUUGCUAGAAUGGAAAAAACAACCUGCUGAUCAAGAAGGUUUGUAAUUUGUAGACGAUUUUAUAUUUAUUUUAAUACAAGG